CAUUGAGGGAGUUAUUGUGAAGGUGGUCACAUGGUCGUCUUCUUUUCACAGGCAAGCAGAUCAUGAUCGGUAAUUUUACAAGCGGCAACUAAACACCCAUGCCGUGAGUUCGUUUUGACCUUGACGCGAGAGAAACAAAUGGUUUUACUUUGACGACCACCAACAUGCUGCUGUUUCCGUUUAUCCAAACAACUAUGCUGCGAUGGAUCCUGCAGGCUUGCUGGAGGUCUUGCCUUCUUCUUUUCAUUUUGGUGAACGCGCUGAUUGCUGCGACAGAGGCCGCGUGGACCGCUGUGGAUCCAUCAUUGUCAUCCGAUAGUCUGGGUCUUCAGCUGGUUUCGGAGCAAGGAAAUACCCACUUACUGAACUCCGAGUCUGACGAGCGCGUCCUCGAGGCCAUCUUCGCAUUCGGCGAUUCUUGUUUCAGUCAAAAAGCGAUACAAAAAAAGGUGCAAGCGGCAAUCUCGAAGGUGGAGGGCUCGCGUGGUGGAGAUGUUUUCCGCGUCUUGCAAUUGUGGAAUCGGGGGCUCAGCGGCUUAGACCGGAAAGUGAAGAUGUGUGCGAUGUCGGAAAACCCCUUCAAAUUUCUCCGCGGUUCCGAUCAUCUUUACUUGUAUGCUAUGAUCUUUCGAUAAAUAUUGUCUUAUCACCAGUAGCUGUUAGGCUUCCUAUCACAACGUGCUGCAUACGAAGGCUUUAUAAAGACACGUUUUCUUCGUGACAGACCGUAUGCUUACAUGUAGUACAUGCGGCACCAUGCAUGAAAGUCACAUACGCUUCUAUGCUUGCUCUUAAUGAAGCCAGGACUUCGUGCAGUUGAAGCAAGAGCUUCCACGGCUGAUGGCGGAGUACGAAUUUGAUACUUGGAUUCAAGGUGAUCUCCACACGGAAAACAUGUUAUGAUUGGAGCACAAUAGCUAACAUCACACGUCGGCUUGAAGAAUUGGCUAGAAGGACGAUGGCCCCAUCGACAAAAAUUGAAAUAGUCCUCUAAGAGCAGGGUUACUAAGGGCAGGUUUACAGGUGACCGUAGUGCAACUCCUUACAUGUGAAAAUGAGGACUACAGAUUUCGGAUGGGGGUGUCUAAGACAUGGCAGUUUCCGAAACUCGCAACAAGAGAUCGUAUUCGCAAUGAACGACUUCGACGAGGCAUUAGAAGCGGACUGGCAGUUCGAUUUGUGGAGGCUUGCUACGGCUGUUAUCACGCAUGCUAGAUCGAUGAGGCUGUUAAAAGGCGCAGCUGAGUCCCGGGUCGCAAAUUCAAGUGUUGAAGAUCAUACGAAGACAAAGUUGAAGGGCCAAGGCGAAAUGAUGCCCAUGAUCGAAGUAGUCAAACUACAAGAAUGGCAAAAUGUAGAACGUAUAAUGCUGCCGGGAGAAAAGGGUAAUGCAACAAGGGAUGACAGUACUGCGAAAAAGACGAAGAGCAAAGGGAGCGAUAUUGGUAUCUACUAGUUCCGUUCCUGGUAGUUACGCGCUAUAGAUUAAAACAUCUUUUUUGGUUUUUUUAAAAAAGCCUGAUUACUAGGCGUUCUACAGCAUGCAGCAGCAAAAUGAAUCAGCAAACGCGUCUAGAACAACAAUUUCAAUUAGAUCUACUACAUUCGAAUUAAGUAAUACUAACUGUACUUGCAACAUCUCAGACGAGGACGCGCUCGCGCAGAAACUAGUGCUCGAAUUAGUUGCUGGCUACUUCCGGGAGUUCGAUGGGCCUUUGCGAAGUGGUCUCGGUCCUCCAGACAUGGAAGAAAGUCCUGAAAUCGCCAAGUGGCUGAGAGAAAAGGACAAGAGUAGGAGUCGCAUCAAGUUGCUCGACAAAUACGCACCCUUUGAUCCGCUUGUGGGUAACCGGCAGUUCCGCGUAAAUGCCAAGUUAGGGCGGGCGAACGCGGACAUCUUUCGCCUGAUUGCGACGGGGAUCGGGACCUACUAUCGAUCCCUCACCUCGGCGGCGAAACAAGACUUGGACGUCCUGCAGUUUCUCGGCCUCAAAGACGUGGUCCUGCGGAAUCUGGCAGGGACAGGGAGUCUGGGCGCAGGAAGAUACUACAUUCUGUUUGAAGGGGAGACGCCUGCGCCGGACGAUGAUAUUAUCCUGGAUGUGAAGGAGCAAGGACGGCCUUCGGCACUCUUUUAUGGCAAAAUGUUGUAGAAAGUCAGUCCCUCCAUUUUAUCAAGAGAUUCAAGACUACGACGGAAGGUCUGCAACUUCACCACUUCAGCGGGAGUUGUCAUUCUGCAGUAGGUCUUUCUCUGUUGAUCGCCGAUAUGUGAUGUCUUCUCCUUUCUGCCUCUCUCACGCCCCUUUCCUGCGUGAGAAGUAUUUUGAGAAGUACGUUGCACGAUUUCGACAAAAUGAUGCAGUCCGACAUAACGUGGCGCGUCGGCGCAUGCAGCUUCAUGUUGAUGAGUAUCUUGGCCUUGUAGUUGACGACCGCACAGGGGAAACGUUUUCAGUCGAGCAGUUGUCCCCUUGGAAAGGCAGCUUUCCUUACCACAAGUAUCGCGGAGACUUCCCGGCGUUGCGCCGUAUCUUCGGCCAGAUAGGUCGCAUUGUUGCAAGAGAGCAUCGACUCAAAGCGCCACAUUUUGACGCAUUUAUCAGACGUCGAUUUUUUGGAGGUACAGAAGGACCUUCAUCGGAAAAAGCGUCGGCUCCCGUCGCUGAAGCUACGUCUUCCGCCGACCAGCUCUUGUCCUCUUCAGAAGUGCAAAGUGGAUUGUCUAAUCUCUACACCGGAGUGGCUACAUCGGCUCGUACUUCUCUGACUCGCACCAUCGUUGAGUCGAGGGAACACCUUGCAGUCGUUGACCCAAAAAUUGGGGUGCGCAUUGACGACUCAAAGAUGCUGCAACCUGUGACAUCUUUACCACAUAGGAAAUUGACGAAUGUCGAUUCUAGUGAUUCCAGCAGGAAAAAAUGCGGGGAAGAAACCGAUGGCCGUUCAGUACGAGACAACUACGCUGUGUUUGUAUCGCACGUGGCGUUGGAGUACUCAAAACGGACUGAGCAGGACUACAAUAAGUUCGUGAAAAAGUUGCAUCGUGUCCUCGAGUGGAACUGCUCUGGGUCGCCAGCGCUCUUCGAUCCAUCACUCUACAAUGUCACUGACCAGAUAUAUAUCGAAGAAGACGACACCGAGCUAGCAGCUUCGAGGAACAACGGUAUCAUGGAGUCCGCAUAUGGGAACAAUACGGUGAAUGAACAGCUAGCGUGGGCGCGCUUCGCUGGACGGUCGCAGCUUGAAGCUGGUGCCUCUUCAAGUCUCAACAGAAGCAUUUUGCUUGCAGCUGUGCGACAGGUACUUCUCGAUCCGCGUCAGCCGAGUCUUUCAGGUGCAGAUACAAAACAUAAUUCUUUCUUUGAUAUUUUUGACUCUAUUUUUCGACCUUACCAUCUUUUGUGUAUUGCUGCCUUGGUAACAUCAUCGGUAGUAGUGUUGAUGAUUUUGUCGCGACGCUCGGUUUUUCGAGGUCAAGGCAUUGGUGCGACGCCUUUGCUCGGUGACGUGUAUCCGUGACUGAUUAUUCUGGACAUACAUCAUCAAUGUCUAGCCGCCCUGCCUGACCAUGAUUGUAAGUACAACCAGUACGUUCGUGUAUAUUUUGUGUAAAAUAGCUUCUGGUUCUUGGUCCCAACUACCGUAACACUAUAGAUGCGCUACACAUGAAUCGUCAGACAAUGACAUAACAGAUGAGACAAUAUUCUGUCUAGUGUCUCGAGCUCUCUGCGUGUGAAUGAAAAUAGAAUCAUGACAUGGAGUCCUCGUAAUUACGGGCCAUGACCAGUUCAGGAAUCAUCAUGAGCGCAGAGGCAUAACGAGAGACGAAGGUUAAAAAAGACUAGAAUGU